CCACAAACUUGCAUAGAAACCAAACAAAAGGAGAAAUGGAGCUUCACCACCAUUUUAGCCAUCAACAUCCUUUAGAGUUCAUCGAAGAGCACAGCCUUAACAAUGAGAAGGCUAAUUGUUCAGGAUGUGGGGAGCUGGUAUCAGGUCCAAGCUAUAGUUGUACGGAGUGUGAGUUUUACCUUGACAAGAAAUGCUCCGAGGUCUCAUCAGAGAUAAAUCACCCCUUUCAUCCCAACCAUAGCCUUAAACUUUUAGCAAGUCCACCAUACAUAGGUUCAUGGGCUAUUUGUGACUUUUGUGACAAAAGAUGUGAGCAAUUUGUUUAUCAUUGUUCAUGUAAAUUAGACUUUCAUAUAAAAUGUGCUUUGUUUUCAAAAACCAUUGCUGAAAAUAAGGUCGGGGAGCUUGAAGGUGUUUCUCAAAAAGAUCUUUUGGUCUCUUCAGAAAAUGGUUCCGAGGAACUUGAAGAAACCGAGUGCUUUGCAUGUAGGAAGCCAGUACUAGAUUCUCCAUACAUUUCUUUUGAUUCUAGAUUUUACUUGCAUAAAAAAUGUCUUGAUCUACCUAUUGAAGUCAAUCAUCUUUUUCAUAGCCAACACCCUUUAGUUUUACAAUUCAAUAGUCAGCGUCUCCCUUGUCAAAUUUGCAAAACAACCCAACCUAGGGGACUUGUCUAUUGUUGUUCACCUUGUGAGUUUACCCUUCAUAUUGCAUGUGUUGAGCGACCAACUAGAAUUAACCACCCUUGUCACCGUCACCAUCCUCUUAUUCUACAGCUUAAUUUGAAAUCUCUUCUCUGCCAAAUCUGUCGGAAAACACAAGCUUUGUCACCUGCUUAUUAUUGUUCCGCAUGCAAGUUUGGACUUCAUGUGAAAUGUGUCUCUCCAGAACCUAGUAUCAAAGGUGAAAUUCAUGAACACCCAUUCACCUUGUUUUGGAGACUAGUCCCAUUCAUUUGUGAUGCUUGUGGAACAAGCGGAGAUUGUAUCUCUUAUAUUUGUUCUCCAUGUGGACUUAUAGUUCAUGAAAGUUGCAUUUCAUUGCAACCCAUCAUCAAAAGGUUUCCACGACAUGGUCACUCAAUUUCCCACACAUUCAUCCUUGGGCAAUAUGAGAUCAAAUCAUGGAAAUGCAAGAUUUGCCAUGAGGAGGUGAAUUCGAAGCAUGGGUGUUACUGUUGUUCUGAUUGUAAUUAUGUUGUCCAUGCAAAUUGUGCAAUAAAGGCUUAUAGAUGGUACAAGAUAUUCGACGAUGGGAUUGAAGAAACGGGUGAAUUGCUUAACAAUUCAGCCUUUGUUGUUAUUAAAGAGACCAGGCUUGGAGAAAAUGAUGUAAUACCCACAGAGAUAAAGCAUUUAAACCAUCCUCACAAAUUAAUUUUCAGCAAUGAUGUUAAGGAUGAUAAAUAUUGUGAUGGCUGCGUGUUGUUCAUCUCGACUUCAUUUUACUAUUGUGCACAAUGUGAUUUCUUUCUCCAUAAAUCAUGUGCCGAAUUGCCUAAGAAGACGUACGAUUGGAGUCAUGUGCACCAAUGUCCCCUCACUCUUAAUUUACAUGCUGAUUUUUUGUGUCUAUAUUGUACCUUUGAGUUCAAUAAUUGUUUCUCCUAUGAUUGUAAUUUUUGCGGAAGCGACGAUAAUAUUAAUAACAAUAUUAUCAGAAAUAUUUAGAUAA